AUGUCAUCACGCCCCCGUAUUCGCGAUCUGGGGUACAGCCCCGGCAGAUUCGCCCCAGGCCCCAAGAACUCCCUCCUCGAUGUCGAGGGCGUCACGGUCGGCCAAGUCACCAUCCACCAAAACCCCGACAUCCACACUGGCCUCACACUGAUAUUCCCCCGCGGAGUCAAACACACCAGGGACUUGCCUUGCUAUGCGGCAACCCACGACCUCAACGGGAUGGGCGAACUAACUGGGUCGCAUGCGAUAGCUGAAUGGGGAUUUCUGAACACUCCGAUCGCUCUGACCAACACGGUCAGCGUCGGGAAGGUAUAUGACGGCGUGUUUCUGUGGGAACUCGAACAGGCCGAGAAGUCUGGAGAGGAUGACCUGCAGGCCGCGAGGAGGAUGAAUAUACCUGUCGUGGGAGAGACGUACGACGGCCUUCUCAACGACAUUAGUGCCUCUGUAAUCGGCAAGAAUGACGUCUAUGAUGCUGUCCAGGCAUCGAAGACGCAAAGUGACAUCUUGGAGGGGAAUCAUGGUGGAGGGACCGCGAUGCGAUGCCACGGGUAUAAAGGUGGUACGGGGACAAGCUCGAGGAUUGUUCCCGGGGUUGAAAGGGACUAUACGCUCGGUGUUCUUGUACAGGCUAAUCAUGGCCAGAAGCAAGAUCUAAGAAUUGGGAACGUCCCAGUUGGUGAGAUUUUAGCUAGGGAAGAUGCUGCUACUGGGAAACAGGUUGAGUUGCCAGCGGCAGGCAGGGCCGCAGAGGGAAGUAUCAUCAUAGUAGUUGUCACCGACGCCCCCUUACUCCCACACCAACUGCGACGUAUCGCCCAGCACGCGGGAAUGGGUGUCACACAGGUCGGCGGCCACUCCGCAGGACGGAACUUCUCCGGCGAGAUAUUCCUCGCUCUAUCAACCGGGACAUCGCCCAACGAACUGGCGUCGGAUUCCAGCGGAUUCGACUACCUCCCUCCAAUUGAAACACAGCGCGUCGAGACGGUCAAGAAUGAAGUCAUCGAUUCCUUAUUCUACGCGACGUCUGAAGCGACAGAGGAGGCAAUUCUUAAUGCACUCUGCAAGGCCGAGACAUUGGCCGGCUUCAAGGGGCGGACGCAGGAGGCAUUGCCCGUUGAUAGAGUUAAACAGCUGCUGGACAGGUAUAUGGUCAAGUUAGAUGUAUAA